AUGCGUUUUUCCACUGGUGCCCUCUCACUGCUCAGCCUCGCCGCGCUCUCUGCGGCGUCAGGUACCACCGUCGAGCCCACCAACGGCGAAACGAUCGACCCCGACACCAGCUUCCCGUUCGACUACGAGAACGCCAACAUCUGCCACUCGGGAUACUCCCACAUCUCUGUCUACCUGAGCGACUCCGCGCCCACCUCCGCGGACAUCUCUGGGGGCGAGCUCGUCGCGGGCAGCUUCAUCUUCAAGUUCGGGGACUGGCUCAUCCCCAACUUCGGGCUUCCGGCAAUGACCAACCCACCGCCCCCGCCUAGCUCGCUUCAGAUGCCCGAGCUCGACUCCGUCGCGGACGGCACUACGCUCUUCUUCUCGGUCGUCGAGACCUUCGGGGGCUGUCCGCCCGACGGGCAUACGGAGUACGGCCUUGAGACCACUACCGUCGUGUACGCGUGA